ACUCUUUGUUUGACAUACUCUCUGAGCAGAAUGAAAAAUUGAAAUUGCGGUUUGAGUUUAAGAAAUUUAACAAGAGACUUGCUUGAAUCUAGUGAAAUAUUUUAUUGUAAAAUAGUAGAUAAUUUUGAUUUAUACAUAAUGUACAAUGAUAUGGGGUAUUAAUUUACAUGUGUGUAGUGUAAAGAGUUGUUCAUAGGUGACAUAGGUAUAAGUUGCAGGUUAUAUUGCGAGUUUACGCUAAGUUUUUUAUUAUAAUGGAUUCGCCCCCAGCCCAAGAAGUAACUGAACUAUUGAGACAAUGGGAGGAGCAGCACCAGUCGCCGAAUUACGAUCCAAUACCGACUUUGACAAGGAUAGCAGAAAUAAUAGAAGCUGAAACAGAGAAUUUCAUGAAGAAAGAUCCUGAUCCAUUUGAUGAGCGGCACCCAUCCCGGACGGAUCCUGAAUGUGCACUCGGACACACUCUUAAAGUAAUGUUUAAGAAGGACAACUUUAUGACCAAGCUGGUGAAUGAUUAUGUGCGCGACACAUAUUACUCCCGGCAGAAUAUAACGGGUCGAGAUGUGUUUAAGCUGAAUGUUGCCGCUUGUAGGCUCACGCUUGACCUCAUGCCAGGACUAGAGAUGAGCGUCGUCUUCCAGGAUAACGAGUCGUUAAUACACCGGUUAGUGAACUGGGCUGCAAAUUCGCCGGAGCCGUUGCAAUGUUAUGCGACGGGACUUCUAGCCGCCGCUAUGGAAGUACAAGAGAUUGCCACCCAUUUCAGAGAUUUGAACGCUAUGCUGGUGCCGCGAAUGCUAAAGAGGCUACACGAAUUGAGGAAUAAGAAUCAGGAGGAUAAGGUUAGCAACAGUGUAGUGACGCCGCCAAGUCAAACGAGACAUUUUGCUAGAUUCGACAAGAGGAACAAUGAUGUCAAGAUAAACGAACCAGCGACAAAUAAGAAAGAACGUGAAAAAGAUGACGGUGGAGGGGGCGGGGACACGGUAAUAGACGUAACGGCGCCGCAACUGAGCAAUGAUCCCGAGACCCCGGUGAAGAAUUAUUCCAAUUAUUGCGGGGACAUGUCCCCAGAGCAGUGGGGGAUGAUGUCCCCGCCCCCGCCCCCGCCGCUGCCCGCGCCCGCGCCCCCGCCCCCGCACGAGACCUCCUCCAACUCCAGCUGGGCAGAGAUGGAGACCUACGUCAUAGGAAAUAUUCAAAUCCACCCGCCAACGGAUGCGACUAAACAGAUGCUAAUAUUGCGGUACCUGACACCUAUGGGGGAAUAUCAGGAGUUUCUAUCGCACGUUUUCGAACAGAACGCGUUGGGUUUAAUAUUGGGCUACUUGAACGUGCGCGAGUCGCGCGACUCCCGGCUCGCUUUCGAAGCUCUCAAAUAUCUAGCGGCGCUUUUGUGCCACAAGAAGUUCUCUAUAGACUUCAUCAACAUGGGUGGCUUGCAGAAAUUUCUAGAAGUACCAAGGCCGUCGGUGGCCGCGACAGGUGUAUCUAUCUGUCUCUAUUACUUGGCGUACUGCGAGGACGCUAUGGAGCGGGUCUGCUUACUGCCGCGACGCACUCUAGCUGAUCUCGUCAAAUAUGCGCUGUGGCUUCUAGAAUGUUCUCACGACUCGGGCCGAUGUCACGCGACCAUGUUCUUCGGCCUCUCCUUCCAGUUCAGAGUUAUAUUAGAAGAGUUUGAUAAUCAGGAUGGUCUCCGUAAAUUGUAUAACGUGAUAUCUACACUGCCCAUACUGGGAUCUGACGAUGAGGAGAUGAGGGUAUCAGAUGACGAGACCUGCGCCGCCAGACAGAUUGUGAGACACGUGUGUGUAGCACUCAGGAGGUAUUUAGAAGCGCAUUUGAGGUUAAGAGCGGCGCAGGUGGCGAGACAACAAGGCGACACGGUGCCUGAACCACCUCCUUACAAGGCAUCGAAGUCGUCGCCGGAAGAGAUUCAGGAGCAGAUAGAGUUACUAGCCAGCGUGGCGUGGUCCAGAUGGUCGCCCGUGGACGAACUAGUUGAACUAGGCGGCAUCACGCUUCUACUGCAAGUUGUCGGCUUCGCUUACGAGUGGAACUUCAACGGCAGAUCGGAAACCGUGAAGUCUGCGUUGGACGUGAUAUCGAUAUGUUGCGUGGCGCCGCGAGUCCAACUAUUACUCACUGAGAAAGUGGACAUGAGGGACGCUGAGUUGACCACUGGUGUUAACAUUGUACUGGGGGCUGCGGACGGCGAGAUAGUGGCGGAGCCCGAGGUGCAGAAGGCGGCCCUCAACGUACUAGUCAACUGCGUCUGCGCACCCGUGCACAGAGCAGGAUCGUCGACAUCACGCUUCUCGCUCAGUGGCUCCAGUAAAAAGAAGACAGCGCUAAAGUCAUAUGAGGACGUCAUACAGAAGGUGUGGGAGAGUGUGCGGACUAACAACGGCAUAAUGGUGCUCCUAUCGUUGAUGAUGGUGAAAGCCCCCAUCACUGACGCGGAUCGCCUCCGAGGGUUGGCUUGCCGCGCGCUCGCCGGCCUCGCGAGGUGCCCCACCGUUAGACAGAUCAUAUCUAAACUGCCGCUGUUCACAACCUCACAGAUGCAAGUUCUGAUGCGGGAUCCCAUAUUGCAAGAGAAGAGACAGGAGCACGUGAUGUUUCAGAAGUAUGCGCUAGAACUGCUAGAGCGGGUGUCGGGCAAAAGUAAACAUAUGGGCACUGAGUUUGAGACGUCGCUCGCUAAUAUCCAUAAGGCGAACGUGGUGGCGCAGACCCGUAUAAACUACAACGAGCGUCAGCUGCUGCAACUGGUGGCGGAGCACCUGGCGGCGCGCGGGCUCACCGAGUCGGCGCGCGCGCUCCACAGCGAGGCGCGCCUGCCCCCGCCCCCGCCCCCGCCGCACCACCACGCCGCCCCGCAGGCGCCCCCGCCCCCGCCGCCCGUCUACACGCCCUCCACGCCCGCCAGGCCGCGACUGUCCGUUUCGCGGACCAGUAGCGCGGGCUCGUUGCAUCGUGACAGUAUGGACUCGAGCCAUCAUCCGGAAGAGAGCAGUCCGGUUCCUCAUGUCAUAAAACUUAGGAAAGUUCAAAAUCAAUCGAUGACCCUCUCGUCGCCGAUCUCGUCCGCUUCAGAACACAAGAGAUCGUUACAGAAACAGAUAAGCGUCGCCGCGGAGGCUGCGCCAGCUCAACACAAGAUCACUCUACACAGCAUCAUCACCGAGUACUUGUACAAUCAGCACGCCCUAUGCAAGAAUCCAGUCGUCACUUGUCCACAGUUCAACUUAUUCGAGCCUCACAAGUGUCCCGACCCGCGUAACUCCUGGUCAGUGCCCGGCUGCGGGUCAGUAAGCAGCGUGUGCGCACGCGUCGCCCGCAGGGAGUUGGGCUACGGCUGCGGGUACAAACGAGCACAAGCGAGACUGGCGCACUCGCACUUCGCACCGGUGCGCACUUUGAGGCCGCAAGACGACGACGCUUACUUCACACACACUAUAUUCCAUCCGACGCAACAUCAGCUGUUAGCGGCGACAUCUUCAGGCGACAUACGAAUAUUCAAUCUGUUCACUGGUCUAGAGGAGAGCUCAUAUCAAGUGCACGAGUCAUAUAUAUGUCAUAUGCAGGCAAGCAGAGACGGGUUGUUAUUGUUAGCGUCCACGCCAACUAGUUGGAGACCUCUGUCUGCUCUAUGGAAUAUGAAAGAGUUUGAACAGCUAUUUCAGCUGGACAACGAGGAGUACGUGGAAUUCUCCAAGGUCUCAGACGAUCGAAUCAUCGGCACCAAAGGGGAGACCGCCACGAUAUUCGACACAAGGACAGGUGUCGAACUGAUGACCUUAACGCCCAGAAUAAGCAACCAGUACGCUAAGAACAGGGCCACGUUUAAUCCUACCGAUGAACUGGUUUUAUCUGAUGGCGUUCUAUGGGACGUAAAUACAGGGAAAGAAAUUCACAAGUUCGAUAAGUUGAAUCAGACGCAUAGCGGUGUGUUUCAUCCGAACGGACUAGAAGUCAUAUCAAAUACGGAAGUGUGGGAUUUACGAACGUUCCAUCUUCUUAGGACUGUGCCAACAUUAGAUAAGUGCGAGGUAGUAUUCAAUCCGUCGUGUACGGCGCUGUACGCUGUCUGUUCGGAUCAAGACUCGGAGGAACGUAGCCAAUUCGAUACCAGUUUUAAGACGCUAGAUCCAUACGAUUAUUCCAGUAUAGCCACGAUAGACGUGAAACGGAACAUUUACUCGUUGGCGGUGUCCCGUUGGGGCACGCAGAUAUCACUGGUCGAGAACAUGGGGGACUUCGAUCAGGUGCAGGAGUCCUGCGUCAAAGUUUACGACGUCGGCCGCAAGAGGGACCACGACGAUGACGCGGAGGAAGACGAAGAAGAAGAAUUGGCGGGCGGUUCGGAGAAUGACGACGGCUCAGACUCCGGCUCCGACAACGACGAUGACUUAGCUAUAGCAUCACUACGUGACGCGGUGAUGGGCCUCGGUGGCAGCUCGGGGGAUUCAUCACACGACGAUGAAGACAGACAUCCGCGGCGGAUGCGCACGCGGAGACAGGCGGCAGCCGAGAGGCACAGCAGUGACAGCGACGGCGACCUGGAAUUGCCCGACAUUAUAGAGUUUAAUCUCGACUAGCACCUAAUAUACGUGUUGAUCAGUUGC